GAGAAUGAAGAAUUAGGAGCGCAAAUUCGUUUGUCUUAAACAUGGAAGUUCUCAAGUUCAACUAUGGCGUAAAAAGUGGCAGAAAGAUUGGAAUCAGAUAAUGUGCAAAGUUACGGGCAAAUUUGUCUUUUCAGUCAAGUCAAAAAAGCGUUGAAGUUGCGUUUUUGUUCGGAUGCGUUAUUUUUGAAUUUUAUAUCCGCCAUGUGCGAACUGCAAAGCCGAUGAAUUACACUGUAGCAUAUUUGACGAAAAUUCUAUUUUUUAUUUUUUAUUUUUCAAAAAAAAAAGUCAACAUGCGUCGGUCAAUUGUUCUAGGUACUAUCUUCAUCUUCAACCCAGAUUCGCAGGAGAGAGAAAAUUCCACCAUUGAUGCUUCAAAAAGGGAUAGAAGAAAAAAGUUGAAUGUUUUUCCAAGAUUUUGGAAUAAAUUUCUGCUUCACCCAGAUUUGAUUUCGCUUUUCUUUGUCUUGGGAAAUGAGCGAAAAAGUUCAGAUGGGAGAUGAUACGGAAACGUUCACGGUUGAUGAUGCCCUCAUCGCCAUGGGCUUUGGGAAAUUUCAAGUCUAUCUCCUUGUUUAUGCUGGAAUGGGUUGGAUUUCAGAAGCAAUGGAGAUGAUGCUUCUCUCUUUUGUCGGACCAGCUGUCCAGGCUGAGUGGGGUCUUUCUUCAAAUAAAGAAAGUAUGAUAACCAGUGUGGUAUUUGCGGGCAUGCUGAUUGGAGCAUAUUCAUGGGGCGUUGUUUCAGAUAAGUUUGGUCGGAGGAAUGGGUUCUUCAUAACUGCAAUUUUUACUUCAACAGCUGGAUUUUGUAGCGCUUUUGCUCCAAAUUAUACAGCUUUGAUUAUCUUUCGUUUCUUUGUUGGUCUUGGUUUGGGAGGAGGGCCUGUGCUGUCAUCCUGGCUUUUGGAAUUUAUUCCUGCUCCUAGAAGAGGUACCUGGAUGUCUGUUUUCUCAGCGUUUUGGACUGUCGGGACAUUGUUGGAGGCUUCACUUGCUUGGAUAGUUAUGCCUACAUUGGGUUGGAGGUGGUUACUUGCAUUCUCUGCAGUACCUUCUGCAGUUCUUCUCAUAUUCUACACCACUGCACCGGAGUCACCCAGAUAUUUGUGCAGGAGAGGUAGGACCGAUGAAGCAUUAGAGAUAUUAGAAAGGAUAGCCAAACUGAACCACGCAGAACUCCCAUCUGGACUUCUUGUUUCUGAUCACGAAGUUGCCAAAGUUACUGAUCUUCCAUCUGAAGAUGCAUAUUUGCUAUCGCAAAACAAAGCUGAAAACGGAACUAGUGACAACAUGGAUUCUCAUGUACAAAAAGAAGCCUCGGUCUUUACACUUUUUUCACCACAAUUACUGAGGUCAACCCUGCUCUUAUGGGUAGUUUUUAUCGGAAAUGCAUUUUCAUAUUACGGCCUUGUGUUGUUGACGACUGAACUCAGCAACAAGGACAAUACGUGUCCUUCAACUCAUACUCGGUCAGAAUCUGGAAAAUCCGUGGAUGUGAACUACAGAGAUGUUUUCAUUACCAGUCUUGCAGAGUUUCCGGGGCUGCUUCUUUCGGCAGCAAUGGUGGACAAACUUGGUCGCAAGGUUUCUAUGGCAUCUAUGUUCUUCCUUUGCUGUCUGUUCCUGUUACCAUUGGCCUUCAAUCAGUCUGGAGGCUUAGUAACCCCUCUUCUGUUUGGUGCUCGCAUAUGCAUCACAGCAACAUUCACAAUUGUGUAUAUAUAUGCCCCAGAGAUAUACCCAACUUCAGUUCGGACAACUGGUGUAGGAGUUGCCAGUUCUAUGGGAAGAAUCGGUGGAAUGACCUGCCCUCUUGUGGCAGUGAGUCUGGUUCACGGAUGUCACCGAACUGCAGCCAUUCUUUUGUUUGAGGCUGUAAUCUUUGUUUCUGGCGUAUGUGUCAUGUUUUUCCCUUUCGAAACAGCAGGCUGUGAGUUAACUGAUGAUCUAUCUGACACCAAUCAAGAAGUUGAACUAACAUGAAGUCAGGCAGCUAUGUAAAUGUAACUAUAUUUACUUGGGCAUGACACACCUCUCUUGCACGCUGCCAGCUGACUCCAACAUCAUCUCUGAACUAAGGAUCUUAAUUUUUUGUGAAUAUACAAAAUAUUUCAAUCCGAAGCAUCCAUACUUACAGCAUGAGAUAGCAGUUGGUUUCCUCUAAAUGAUGAGAGCUAGCUUAGGUAGAUUGUUGAUAAUCUUUUAGCACUGGAGAUUAGCAUCAGGGUUUUUUGAGGCAAAGGAGUUCUGGUAUAUCUGUUGUUGAAGUGAUCAAGUGACCUGAGAUGUAAAGUCUUGUCACAGUAACUUAACAAAUUUAUACGAUACAACCUGAUAUUUUUUGCAUAA